AUGUGGUCGGAUGAGGUUGCAGGAAAUUUGGUUCAGGAAUUGCGAAGAAGGUUAGCUGAAAUGGAACAUAUCAAUCCUUUGGGAACUGAUGAAGAUGAUAUUGCUAAUGCAAAUAUCUGUGAUGCUAAGACUGAAAAGGAUGAAUUUAUGGAACCUUUUUCUUCUGUUCAUGGCCAUAGCGAUGAUGAUGGUUUGAAUUUAUCAGUUAUCACAGCUCUAUAA